UUGAAUUGCUUUUUCUUUUAAGUGCUGUUCUGUAUAAAAAGUUUGAUUUUGAUCUCUAAAGAGUAAACCAAAGUUGUGAUGUGGCAAUCAAUUGUAUGACAAUAUAAUGGUUGAAGUAAUUUCAGUGCCUCUCUGUUCUGUCUGUGAAUACAUGUGAGUAGGAGGCAGUGACCCUGCUGUCAGGACGGACAUGCAUGCCACCAGGAUCCAGUGUGACUCUGGCUCGGGCCACUUUGCUGCUUAGUGACCUGAGAGGAGUGCAGAGCACCACACUUCUCAAACUGACACAGAAAUUACUGAUAAAGCAGCUGUGUGUUUUUGGUCAGAGUGUGGUGGUGGAUGAUGGAAAAAUCAGUUUCUCUCCUCCUGGACCCAACAACAUCUACCUUCCUCACCUGAACUUACUGGAUCUGACCACUUUGCAAAUUGGUCACACCUCUGCCUCUGCUCAGUCAUCACAAUCUACAUCCAGGAAAGGUUCACACCAGUCUGGCCAGAUUGAGAGAGACUCUCAAUGACCAGGUCCGAGGUCUGAAAAACCCAAGCACCACCAGCCCUGCAAGCCACCCAUGCUCAGCCAGAUAGCCAGAGUAGAAUUAUACACAUUUUUUGUUGCAGUUUGCACAGCUCUGUCUCAGUCCUGUCCUUAUUGAAAGACAUAGCUGGAUGCUUAAGUUGGUAGAGGUCCACAUGCAUGGUCUGUGAUUUUGUUCCUGGGGUUUUUGUUUUGUUAAAAACAACAAGACUGUCGUGUAUAACCUGGUGUAACGACACAUUAAGAACUGAAGCACUGCAUUUGUUGACAUGCUAUGUACAACAGAUAUGUGUAAUUUUGCAGGAUCAAAUAAAUACUAAUAAUAAAUGGACCUGGUUACUCUAGUUUAAU